AUGAAAUUAUUAUUACAACUUUUAAUUUUAGCAAUUAUUUUUACAACAUUAGUAAAUGGUCAAUUUGUUCAAUUAAAUUAUUAUAAUUAUCAAAAUGAUCAAUCAUGUAAUGGUGAAAUUAUUUCAACAACAUUUAAUCGUGAAAGUACAUGUUUAGAUGGAACUGAAUAUGUUUGUGUUGGUAAUGAAAUUCAAAUUAAUUAUUACAAAGAUGCAAAUUGUACUAAAGGAAUAUUCCAACAAUUGACUCAAGAAAAUGGUGUAUGUCAAGGUGCCCUAACAUUUAACUGUGUUGAUAAUUAUCAAUUUGUUGAUAACUCAUUCAUUACUAUAAUUUCAGAGAGUUGUAAUGAUUGGAAGAAUACUCCAAAUUCAAUUUUAUCAAAUCCAUUAAAUAAAUGUAUUAUUAAUCCAUCUGAAAAUGCAACUAUCUUUACUUGUACCAGUGAUUCAAUAACUACUUCAACUUAUCCAUCAGCAACUAAUUGUAAUGGCACACCUUCAAACUUUACUCUAACAUUACCAGAAUGUGAUACUGAAAUCACAAAAGAUGCUUAUAAUUAUAUUUGUAAUCAAUAA